GAAACUCAGAGCUCAGUUGCCUCAGACAACCUUGCUGUAAGCUUCAUGGAGAAUGUUCUCCCUUUCCUGAGAAGUCAUACUAAGUCAUGGCUGAGCUCUGGCUCCACAUUCUUGGAUAUAGAUUCCAAAUGCACCUUCCUGAGUGCGGUGGGAUUGCUCCUUCUUUUAUUUUGUUUUCUGUUGCUGAAAUCAUUUUUAUCAGCCCUCUGGAGAAAUAGAGAACUCUCAAAGAAUCGUAAUGGGAACAAGCAGACGAGGAGAGAUGGAAGAGAAAAAGGUUGGAGGACGAGCCAACAAGAAGCAGAGAGGAAGAAAUUGUUUUCGACUCUGAAAAGCCACCGUGACACCACACGCUGUGGACAACUGCUGUAUCCAGACUCACUCUGUGAGGUGUGUCACACCACAGCUUCUGAGGCCAGUCAUCUGUUCUCUCAGGUCACCUCUCUAGCAGACUCCCUGUCACCCUCAGCGCUGGCCGGACCUGUGCCAAGGGAGCCUAGUCCUCCCUCAGAGCCCAAAUUUCCAACGGACUGCUGCCCACUGGAACCGAUUCUCUCUCCCCUUCUGCCAGCACAUCACACGCAGGAAGCAGAACUUGUUCUCCAGCCAGAAGCUGCUCAGUCUCUUUUUGAUAGCCUUGGUGACUUUUUCACUCAUGACCUAAAUUCUGCUGAAGCCUCCUUUGGGGAACCCCACCAUAGAAAACCUAGAAACCUUAGGUUUCUCAGCCCUGACACUCAGGCCCUCCUGAAGAGAGAACAGAAAAAGACAAAUGACUUGAUGGCUUUCCUAACAAGAAAGCUUUUGUCUUCCCAGACUAGAGUUUAAUCGCAAACCAGACCCAAUAAGCUGCACACACCCGCACACGGACACAUGUAUUUCUUACGAGGAUUGGGGUGCAUGCAAUGAGUAAGAAGUUUUGGGAGGGCUGUUGUCUUUACACUUUUUCCUGGAGUUUGAAGUUCACAGGAUAUAUAUCUGUCAAGGGAAGACAUAUAUAAAAUUGAAGAGAGAAUUUCAAGCUGUAACCCACAAGCAUGAGCAGGAGCUCAGGAGAGUAACUGAAACCAGUGUCAUCUCUUACGGGCGCUGACCUUGGUGCUGAGAGCACUCUGAAGAUCUCAAAACCCGAGACCCUUUCUUCCGGGGUUACACACACAUCUGGAGCAAAAGUUGUGGAGCUUGAAAUAAAGAGAUGGAUAUUGU